AUGGGUUUUGCAUUCACGAACAAGCCGCCGAUCGCGGCGAACACCGCAAGUGCCUUCAAACCCUUGCCUUCGCUUCCUGGCACCGUUCUCCGCCAUUCGCACGAUAUCCAAGGACCAGCUGUCAGAGCAGAGAAUGCUGGGCUUCCCAAGAAUCAACCUCCGCUCGUCUUCGGCAUUCGCACCACACCCGCCCCCGAGCCCGACACCACCAGAAACGCCGAUGCCCUCAGCUUCUUCCUGAAUUCCAAAGUGCCAACCAAGCGACAAGUGUGGGAUAUCAAGGAUGACUUCGACACAUGCAAGCCACGCAGCAAGUUCACCUGCUACUGCGUCAGCACCGCCGAGUGUCGAGUUACGUACCAGCCCAGUGUCGCCGCCCACACAAUACAGCAAACCGCUUUUGGCGAGCCAGACUCGAGCGACAGUCCUCGUUCGUUCCGCUUUAUCGACCUCCCUCCCGAGAUGCGCAACAGAGUCUAUUCAGCCGCGAUCAGCCCUGAACACAUCUCUCUUCGAAGCUGUGCUACUCAUCAUAUGUCUAUUGGGGUUGAACCGCCACUUGCGACUGGAAUCUUCGCCACGAGCAAGCAGCUCGCACACGAAUCGAAGGACCUGAUGUUCGAAAGCACUAUCAUCGUCGACGUCUCUCUGGAGUCAAGCGUCCACUCCAUCAUCAACCCACUGCGACUGCCCCGCAAUCUGUUAGCGAAGAUCAAACACAUCGUUCUGGUGCUUGAUUUCACUCGCGUUCACGACAUGAACCCAUUUCGAACCGACUGGAGGACCGUGCAGAAGAUGACCGGACUAAGAACGAUGAGGAUCUGCGCCAUCCAGAUGUGGCCUCCGGCGGCGUUCUUCCGACCAAAUCGCACGCUGCGGGAUCAUCACAGAGAGACCAUCAAGACUAUCCUUGAAUGCGUACCGAAGACAUGCGCUGUUGAGUAUGGCUGGAGCAGCGAGGCAGAAGAGGAGCACGUUAGGGAAAUGCAUCGACGCAUCACAUUGCUGCCCAGUUCGCAGUGA